UAGCCAGUGUGUGAGAGGAAGGACUACCCCAGACGGCAGCACCAGCAGGACCUCUUGUGUUGUCCCUCCUUCACCCUCCCACAAUGAAGCCUUUAAUGCUUCAAGGGCAUGAGCGUUCUAUAACGAAAAUCUUAUUUAACCGUGAGGGCGACUUGUUGUUCUCUGCAUCAAAAGACCCCAAGCCAAAUGUAUGGUAUUCCAUCAAUGGAGAACGCUUGGGUACUUAUGAUGGCCAUUCUGGAGCAGUUUGGUCCAUUGACAUCAAAUGGGACAGUUCUCUAUUUAUCACAGGCUCAGCUGAUCAGACUAUGAGGAUCUGGGAUGUUGAAACAGGAUCCAGCCUGGCAAACUUAGAGAUGAAGACUUCAGUUCGUGGUGUAAAUUUCUCUUACUCUGGCACCAUGAUUGCAUAUACCACGGACAAAAUGAUGGGACACAACUCGGAGCUCAGUAUUGUUGAUGUUCGGGAGCCAAAUAAUGUUGAUGCCACCCCAAUUAUGAAGACACAAGUGACUCCUUCCAAUGCAAAGGCAUUGUCAGUUCUUUGGGGCCCUCUGGAUGAAUAUGUCGUGACUGGACAUGAGGAUGGGUGCAUCAUCAAGUGGGACAUGCGCACUGGCAAGAAGAUGGAGGUUGGACAAGAGCACACCAAACAGAUAAAGGAUAUGCAGUUGAGCCAUGAUGGUAUGAUGCUAAUCACUGCCAGUAAGGACUCUACUGCACGCCUCUGGGACUUGGCUACCCUUGAACCUCUUAAGGUGUACAAAACAGACCGACCUGUCAAUUCAGCUGCAGUUUCUCCAUUGGUGGAUACUUAUCCUCAUGUUGUUUUGGGUGGUGGUCAGGAAGCAAUGGAUGUCACAACAACAUCCUCUCGAAUUGGAAAAUUUGAUGCUCGCUUUUUCCACCUUGUGUUUGAAGAUGAGUUUGCUCGUGUAAAAGGUCAUUUUGGCCCCAUUAAUUCUAUAUCAUUCCAUCCUAAUGGCAGAGGUUAUGCUAGCGGUGGUGAAGAUGGUUAUGUUCGUGUGCACGUGUUUGAUGAUGCUUAUUAUCAAUUUAAAUUUGACUUUUAAUAAAUUCAGACAAUUUAGUUUUAUCUAAAAGCCUAUAAAAAGACUUUUAAAGCUUUGCCAGGCUCCAAAUUGCAGCACUCCUUAACCGGGAGGGUGAAGGGUGGAUUGCUCUACAACCUAUCCUUUGACAGUGUGUAAAGGUGGAUGAGACUCCUACCCUCUGAAAUUUGUUAAAAUUAACUUUGGGUAAUUUUGCACCAAAUGAACUCAUUUGCUGUAUUAACAUUUCUGAAUAAAUGUAAUUUCAAAAGA